AUGGCGCUUCAAAAAGAAAUUUAUAAUUUACUUCGCCAGUCAAACAAGAUAAAAAAUGUAAUCGGCGUGUUCUGCAACGUGUACGACUUGGCAGCGCACAUGUGUCCGACAAUCACGCCAAAGUCGGAGGAUUUCUUACGCAAACGCUGGAAUGCCCUUCGAACCGCUGAAUCCCGUAAGAAUCGCACGAAAGUUGUGCUGCGAGUUCCGCCUGCAAAGAAGAUAGAGCAAGACCUCUUUCCCCACGUCGAAGAAACCCUAGCAGUACCGAGCGAGAAAUCUGCUGAAGCGCAGCAAUGGGGUACUUCAAUUAUGCCAAUAGCUGCACUGGUACAGAGGAAUGAGAGGUUAGCUUCUUGUGUGGCGGUCAGUGCGGCUGGCGAUGUCUCCACACCAUCCUUACCACGCGCUGUCAGGCGCAUAGCUGGCACGGAGAUCGAACUGAUCGACGACGCCACGCGCGAGCAUUUACGACAGUUCGCUGCAUCAUUGCCUCGGAGCAAAGGUAAAUGGGCGCUAGUCUUCUCCGAGUUUCAAGCAAAGCAUCCUACCACGAACCUGGAUGCAGAGAAGCUUCGUUGCCGUCUGAAGGCCAAAAGGCAGUCGCGGAAGCGGGCAUUGGACCCACCUCCACAAGAGCAAACAGCGGCAGCUCCAACCCAACUCGCCGCCGAACCGCUGAAGCGAUCUCGCACCAAACCUCCCGGACGCGCAGCAUGCCAGAGUUGUCGCGAUCUCCACCACAAGUGUGGACCAGACAGCACUAACCGCAAAUGCCAGCACAGACAGACAGAGGACCCGCGGAUUACAGCGUUCUUCGCAGCGGCAGGACGCGACCAGGCCGCGGUAGGAGGUGACCAAGCUAAGUAA